AGGUAUCCAAUGGGCGUGGUCUUACCCACGUGUGUCAGCAUGGGAAGAAAUAUAUCAGACUAGAUAUGUCUUCUAUAGAUAUAAAACUUGUAAAGUAAUUAUAGUGAUCUGUCAAGCAUUGAAAUAAGAUGAGUCAAAUUAAUGAAUUAUAAUUAUCAUUUUUGUACAUGUUUGUCACUAUUUUAUCUAAUUCAUAGGUUUGCAACUUUGCAUGGGUGUGGUCCUUAGCAGCUAUAGCUAUGAAGUGGAGUGAGAUGUCUUUAAUACUGCUAGCUUUCUUAACUUUAUAUGUGCCAGUUCAACCAGCAUCUUUAAAAGCUUCAGCUACUGGGAUUUUAUGUGAUGCUUGCUCGGAGAUGGUGGAUACUAUCAGGAAACUGGCUGAGCUGAAAACCAGUGAAUCAUUGAUAGAAGAAGCAGCAAUAGAGUAUUGCAAGUUAUUUAAACUAGCUGAUGAUCGAAUUUGUAAAAUGAUCAUUCCAGAGUUUAAGGAUGAGGUUCUAUAUGUCUUUGAUCAUACUGCACUCUCUACUCGGGAAAUAUGUGGCACUAUUCUUGAUGAUAAAUGUGGUAUACCCUAUAAUCCUCUUAAACAACAAUGGAGCAUUCCUAUACCUGGUGGAAAACCUAUUAAACCAUAUCAACCACCAAAAGUUAAUACUACUAACAAGAUUCUUUACAUAUCUGAUAUUCAUUGGGACCCUCAAUAUACUCCUGGCCUUCAAGCUCGUUGUGAUGAACCAUUGUGCUGUAGACCACCACUACCAAAAGGAGCACCAAACAAUUCAGCUGGUUAUUGGGGUGAACCAUUCUGUGAUUUACCAAUGCAAACACUUGUCAACUUAAUGGAACAUCUCAAUAGUACCCAGGAAGAGUUUGAUUGGAUUUACUUGACUGGAGAUUUACCAGCUCAUAAUGAUUGGGAACAAACUAAAUCUGGUCAAGUUUCUAUUUUUAAUAGGAUCAUUGGUCUCUUUAAUGAAUACCUCCCAGAUAAGCCAUUGUUCUAUUCAAUUGGUAAUCAUGAAAGUGAUCCUGUUAACAGUUUCCCUCCUUCUUCUAUAACUGAAUAUUCAAUGUCAUGGCUCUACGAUAACGCUGCUGACAUGUUAAAGAAAUGGUUAAACACACAAGAUGCCAUUGAUACUCUUAAAAGUGGGGGAUACUACUCCAUUGAUUUUAAUGGACUAAGAAUCAUUUCUUUACAAACUAAUUAUCAUAACAAGCAGAAUUGGUGGUUACUAGUAAACAGCACUGAUCCUGAUGGAAUGUUACAAUGGUUUAUUGAGAAGUUACUUGAUGCUGAGAAGAAAGGAAUAAAGGUUCAUGUAAUAGGUCAUAUUGCUCCAGGAGAUGAUCCUUGGAGUCAAAACUAUAAGAAAAUUGUUUUGAGGUUUGAAAAUACUAUUUCAGCACAAUUUUUUGGCCACAGCCAUGUAGACAAGUUUCGUGUUUUGAUGGACUUUGAAACUAGCACUGAUCCUAGACCUUAUAGUGUUGUGUAUAUUGGUCCUAGUGUGACGUCAAUGACAGAAUUGAAUCCAGGAUACAGAAUUUACACUGUUGAUGGUAAUUACAAUGAGUCCUCUAGACAAGUACUGAAUCAUGUUACGUACAUACUAAACAUUACUGAUGCUAAUCUUACUAAUAAACCAAAAUGGAUCCAUGAAUACUCAGCUAAAGAUGCAUACAAUAUGACUAAUCUCACACCUGAUAGUUGGUUAUCUUUACUAAAAGAGUUUUUAACUAAUAAUGAUCUCUUCUUAAAAUAUUAUCAUUAUAUUUCCAAGUCUUUUAAUAUGGAGUCGCAGUGCUCUGGCCAUUGUCAACAUUCUACAAUUUGUUCUUGUUUAUCAACUUUUAGUAAUAUUUCUGCAUGCGAUGCUAUUGCUCCUAACCUCGUAACUCAAGAACAAAUGAUGCUGUAUGAAGCAGCUCAUGAAGACUGUUAAAUGCUGCUACAUGUACUAGCUGUUCUUUUCAA